CCGCUAUUUGAGCGGCGGUCCCGGGCCGGGCGCUCAGAGCGCUUCGAGUCAGCGCGGCGGAGAGAUCGCGGCGCGCAACCCGCAGAGGCGCUGCGGCCCGUGCAGCCCCGGAGGCCCAGCGCGAAGAAGGCGGAGGAGGCGGAGAGGCCGGAUUGCCGCCCGCGCCCCCCCAACCCCGCCGCCGCCGCCGCCGCCGCCCCCCCCUCUCCCCGCGGCGCCGCAUCUUGAAUGGAAACAUGGCGGUGCCGGCUCGGACCUGCGGCGCCUCUCGGCCCGGCCCGGCGCCGACUGCGCUCCCCUGGCCCGGCCGCGGCCCCCAGCCCGGCCCCGGCGCCUGCCGCCCGCCGUCCCGGCCCCCGCGCCCGCUGUUGCUGCUGUUGCCGCCGCUGCUGCUGCUACCGCUGCUCGCCGCCCCCGGUGCUUCUGCCUACAGCUUCCCCCAGCAGCACACGAUGCAGCACUGGGCCCGGCGCCUGGAGCAGGAGAUAGACGGCGUGAUGCGGAUUUUUGGGGGCGUCCAGCAACUCCGUGAGAUCUACAAGGACAACCGGAAUCUGUUUGAGGUGCAGGAGAAUGAGCCCCAGAAGCUGGUGGAAAAGGUGGCAGGAGACAUCGAGAGCCUGCUGGACAGGAAGGUGCAGGCGCUGAAGAGACUGGCCGACGCUGCUGAGAACUUCCAGAAAGCCCAUCGCUGGCAGGACAACAUCAAGGAGGAAGAUAUCCUGUACUAUGAUGCCAAGGCUGACGCUGAGCUGGACGACCCUGAGAGUGAGGAUGUGGAGAGGGGGUCCAAGGUCAGCACCCUCAGGCUGGACUUCGUUGAGGACUCAAACUUCAAGAACAAAGUCAACUACUCGUACACGGCCGUGCAGAUCCCCACAGACAUCUACAAAGGCUCCACUGUCAUCCUUAAUGAACUCAACUGGACAGAGGCCCUGGAGAACGUGUUCAUUGAGAACCGCAGGCAGGACCCGACGCUGCUGUGGCAGGUCUUCGGAAGCGCCACGGGCGUCACUCGCUACUAUCCCGCCACCCCAUGGCGAGCCCCCAAGAAAAUCGACCUGUAUGAUGUCCGAAGGAGACCCUGGUACAUCCAGGGGGCCUCAUCACCCAAGGACAUGGUCAUCAUCGUGGAUGUGAGCGGCAGCGUGAGUGGCCUGACCCUGAAGCUGAUGAAGACGUCCGUCUGUGAGAUGCUGGACACGCUCUCAGACGAUGACUAUGUGAACGUGGCCUCGUUCAACGAAAAGGCACAGCCUGUGUCGUGCUUCACACACCUGGUUCAGGCCAAUGUGCGUAACAAGAAGGUGUUCAAGGAAGCCGUGCAGGGCAUGGUGGCCAAGGGCACCACGGGCUACAAGGCCGGCUUUGAGUAUGCCUUCGACCAGCUGCAGAACUCCAACAUCACCCGUGCCAACUGUAAUAAGAUGAUCAUGAUGUUCACGGACGGCGGUGAGGACCGCGUGCAGGAUGUCUUUGAGAAAUACAACUGGCCCAACCGGACGGUGCGCGUGUUCACUUUCUCCGUGGGGCAACACAACUACGACGUCACGCCCCUGCAGUGGAUGGCCUGCGCCAACAAAGGUUACUAUUUUGAGAUCCCUUCCAUUGGAGCCAUCCGCAUUAACACUCAGGAAUAUUUGGACGUACUGGGCAGGCCCAUGGUGCUGGCGGGCAAGGAAGCCAAGCAGGUGCAAUGGACCAAUGUGUAUGAGGAUGCUUUGGGCCUGGGGCUGGUGGUGACAGGGACCCUCCCUGUUUUCAACCUGACACAGGAUGGCCCUGGGGAAAAAAAGAACCAGCUGAUCCUGGGUGUGAUGGGCAUCGAUGUGGCUCUGAAUGACAUCAAGAGGCUGACUCCAAAUUACACACUUGGAGCCAACGGCUAUGUGUUUGCCAUUGAUCUGAACGGCUACGUGUUGCUGCACCCCAACCUCAAGCCCCAGACCACCAACUUCCGGGAGCCUGUGACUCUGGACUUCCUGGAUGCAGAGCUGGAGGAUGAGAACAAGGAGGAGAUCCGUCGGAGCAUGAUCGAUGGCAACAAGGGCCACAAGCAAAUCAGAACACUGGUCAAGUCCCUGGAUGAGAGGUACGUAGACGAGGUGGUGCGGAACUACACCUGGGUGCCCAUAAGGAGCACCAACUACAGCCUGGGGCUUGUGCUCCCGCCCUACAGCACCUUCUACCUCCAAGCCAACCUCAGCGACCAGAUCCUACAGGUCAAGUUGCCAAUCAGCAAACUGAAGGAUUUUGAGUUCCUGCUCCCCAGCAGCUUUGAGUCUGAAGGACAUGUUUUCAUUGCUCCCAGAGAGUAUUGCAAGGACCUGAACGCCUCAGACAACAACACCGAGUUCCUGAAAAACUUCAUUGAGCUCAUGGAGAAAGUGACUCCAGACUCCAAGCAGUGCAACAACUUCCUUCUGCACAACCUGAUCUUGGACACUGGCAUCACACAGCAGCUGGUGGAGCGUGUGUGGCGGGACCAGGAUCUCAACACGUACAGCCUUCUAGCUGUGUUCGCUGCCACCGACGGCGGCAUCACCCGCGUAUUCCCCAACAAAGCAGCUGAGGACUGGACGGAGAACCCGGAGCCCUUCAAUGCCAGCUUCUACCGCCGCAGCCUGGAUAACCGUGGCUAUGUCUUCAAACCCCCACACCAGGACGCCCUGUUAAGGCCACUGGAGCUGGAGAAUGACACGGUGGGCAUCCUCGUCAGCACAGCUGUGGAGCUAAGCCUGGGCGGACGCUCACUGAGGCCAGCAGUGGUAGGUGUUAAGCUGGACCUAGAGGCCUGGGCUGAGAAGUUCAAGGUGCUAGCCAGCAACCGUACCCACCAGGACCAGCCUCAGAAGCAGUGUGGCCCCAGCAGCCACUGUGAGAUGGACUGCGAGGUUAACAAUGAGGACCUGCUCUGUGUCCUCAUUGACGAUGGGGGAUUCCUGGUGCUGUCAAACCAGAAUCAUCAGUGGGACCAGGUGGGCAGGUUCUUCAGUGAGGUCGAUGCCAACCUGAUGCUGGCACUCUACAACAACUCCUUCUACACCGGCAAAGAGUCCUACGACUAUCAGGCAGCCUGCGCCCCCCAGCCGCCCGGCAACCUGGGUGCUGCACCCCGUGGUGUCUUUGUGCCCACCAUUGCAGAUUUCCUUAACCUGGCCUGGUGGACCUCGGCUGCCGCCUGGUCCUUGUUCCAGCAGCUUCUCUAUGGCCUCAUCUAUCAUAGCUGGUUCCACGCAGACCCCACGGAGGCCGAGGGGAGCCCCGAGGCGCGCGAGAGCAGCUGCGUCAUGAAACAGACCCAGUACUACUUCGGGUCGGUGAACGCCUCCUACAAUGCCAUCAUCGACUGCGGAAACUGCUCCAGGCUGUUCCACGCGCAGAGACUGAUGAACACCAACCUUCUCUUCGUGGUGGCCGAGAAGCCUCUGUGCAGCCAGUGUGAGGCUGGCCGGCUGCUGCAGAAGGAGACACACUGCCCAGCGGACGGCCCGGAGCAGUGUGAACUGGUGCAGAGACCGCGAUACCGGAGAGGCCCGCACAUCUGCUUUGACUACAACGCGACGGAAGAUACCUCAGACUGUGGCCGCGGAGCUUCCUUCCCGCCGUCGCUGGGCGUCCUGGUCUCCCUGCAGCUGCUGCUCCUCCUGGGCCUGCCUCCCCGGCCGCAGCCCCAAGUCCACCCCCACGGCUCGCGCCGCGUCUGAGCGUCCCCCUCCCACCCCUCCCGAGGCCUCCCCGUCUCUCCCCUACUCCCCUGCCCCCACACACCCCGCCUUAGAGCCUCGCCUCCUCCCUCACUGAAGGACCUUAGCGGCCAGGCUCAAGAGUCUGAGCCUUGGAGUGGGGGGGGGUCCCAAAGGAGGGCACCGCAGGUCUUUGGCCCCCAAGCCACAUCUCGACGCUGAACCGUCAGAGUGACCCCAGACCCCUUAUUCCCACUGGACUCACCCACCCCUGAGGGCUGGGACAGGGAAGCCACAGUACUGGUGCCAAACCAGGCCUCCACUGCCCACCCUGCCCCAAGGCUCCCUUUGUGCGGGAGACCUAGGCCCUGCCCCAGCGACUCCUCUAACCUGGCCCUUAGGUCCCACCCAGGACCAAAUCUGGAUUCCCUGGUAAUAAUGAAGUUGAGAUGGGCAGUUUGAGGCCUGUGCAUCCCAGCUUAAGUCCUUGCAGGAGAGAAGUCCUGAGGCAGCCCCACAAUGGACUCCUACCCCUUUCAGGCCUACAGCCACCUCCCACCUUCCUCCAGCCCUAGAGGUGACAGGCCAGUGACUGUGACACUGGCUCAGACACAAUCCCGUACACACCUGGAGCCCUGAGGGCAGAAACUCACAUUAGACACACCAAGGAGGGGACACACACACACACACACACACACACACCAUGGGGUGGGGUGGGGGUGGGGGCUCACAAAGCCUUACACAGGGCAAGGGGUUGGUGGGAGGGUUGGCACAUCCACACUUCAUCUCCUGCUCACCGCCCGCCUCUAAUCUGACCUGCAGCCCAGCUGGUCCUCUGUCUCUAAAGCUGAAUGUCAAAUAGUGCCAAAUGCUGGGGCAGGGGGUGACAACCCCUCUGUCCCACCCUAGCCGCCAGUAUCCCAGAAAUGUCCCUCACCCCGCCAGGUGCUCAUUGUAACCAUUUCGCACUAGUGUCAGGCUCCCAGCGGGACCACAAGCCACUGCCUGCACCUCUCAGCAGAGGAAUACGCACCAGACAUUGCCCUUUUCCUUAGCCAGAGUAACAUAAUCACUCCUGGCUGGGCCAUCCCACCCCCAAUCUGGCCCUUACACACUCAGGCCUGUGCCCAUUCCCUGUUUCUUCACACACCCAUACAUACACACAUUCCAUGCCCCCAAAUGGGGGGGUGGCAAACUGUUCCCGCUGAACACACACUUGCACACGCAUAAACACAUGUACACACACUGCACACACGGAGGCUGGGCCCAGGCACAUGUCUUCACACCAUUCAUUCUGAUCAUUUCCCCUAAAGGCAUCCCAGCCUGGGGGCAAGUGGGGGACAGAGGGCAGGGGGAUGUGGCCAAGAGGCUCAAACGGACUGGGAGGAGGGGGGAGGGUGAUGCAUUAAUUAAUGGCUCCGUUAAUUAAUGUCAAGUUGCUUGUUGCUUUCUCAGUGUGUGUAUGGUCCAUGCCCGCUGCUGGUGCCAGGGUGGGCACCCAAGCUGUACACCCAGCCUAGAUGCCAGCCAUGUCUUGCGGGGGCGUGUGUGUAACUGUAGUGUAGUCAGGUGCUCAAUGGAGAAUAUAAAAAUAAAAAAGAAUCAAACAUAUAUAGAAAAAUAUAUAUUUUAAGUUUAAAAAACAGGAAAACAGACAAACAAUCCCCAUCAGGUAGUUGUCCAACCCUGAGCUGGGUCUGAUCCUUCUCAUCACCCACCCGACCUGGCUGCCCCCUCACCUCGGGCUCGGGGGAUCUGUGGGGGACUGGGGGGCCAUUUCCUUUUCUCUGCGCCCUUUUUUUUGGUUGUUGUUCUAUUUUGUACAGACAAGUCAGAAAAAACAGUGACAAAAAAGUCAAGAAACUUUGUAAAAUAUUGUGUGUGUGAUUCCUUGUAAAAUAUUUUCAAAUGGUUUAUUACAGAAGAUCAGUUAUUAAAUAAUGUUCAUAUUUUCACUUCAAAUGGUUCCCAUCCACUGUGUCUGCCUCAGGGUGGGGAUCGGGUAGCCUGAAGACAGGUGCCAUGACGUCAAAGUCGCAUCUACUAUUCAGCCAGGAGUGAAGG